AUGUAUACGCAGCAAUUUGUCGCAACCGUGGGAGGACUCGAUGUAGAGACCAACAUCACGUUUACCGUGUGCAGCCUGCACCACAACGUUACGACGGCCGAUCAAGCCGUAGAAUAUGACGCAUGCACGACCAAUGAAGAUCGAGUUUACGAGCCGCACCAACCCUACCUUGUGCCGAACUUUGCGCUGAUUCUGAACCACCCUGCUUGUACACUGGACUGCGACUACAAUUUCUAUCCCGGCAUCGUCACCAGCGCUAACCAGUCUGUGCCGCUGGCGAUAUUUCGGGGGACGGAUAAUUUCUACCCGCAGUUUCUCCUGACGGGUGCCUUUACUGUGGAAGUGCCGCCCAAAUGUCAGCCGACAAUUUCCUUCAAGGGAGGACAAAUCAUUACUGACGCCCUGGUUAUCAUCACCGAAUGCACGGGAAUGCGGCUGGUGGUCGCGCCAGGCUACAACAGUCUUCAAAUGUCACCCGGCGACUGGACGCCGAUGGCCCUCACUUGGAGCUGUAGCCCAGCGGUGAAUAUGACGUUUGAACUGGUUGACCUACUCGAUUCCGUGCUCACCGUGACGAUCGAAACAGAGAAUGUUACUGUAGAAAGAAAUUAUACCUCAAAAGAGACCACACGAGACCUCCUCAACUUCACGUCGGUUUCAACAAUUAGCAUGGUGCUCUAUGAUCCAUUUGUUAUACCGGCACCGUUGCGCUAUGGCUACUACUUACGAGUGAAUUUCACCGACCGGAUAGCUACGACACUGUACCCGUUGGUGACUUCCAAGGUGUCCAAGAAGACGGGCAGCUCGUCAGCAGAAUAUUCUUUGAGGCAGUGCUGUCUA